AUGUCUAGAUCUUUAAAAAUUGCAGACGCAACCGAAUCAUCAAAAAUAUGGCUAGAAAAGGCAAUAAAGAAUAGGCAUAUCAAAGUUUACCCCUAUGAGCAAUUUGAAGAUAUUGUAAAAGUCGGUGAAGGUGGAUUCGGAAUUAUAUUAAAGUCGAGCUGGAAAACCUUUGGCCUUACGGUAGCUAUUAAGAGAAUAAAGAAGCUCGAUAACAAAGAGCUCAUACAAGAGCUAAAAAAUCUUCAAGAAAUUAGUCGUUUUCCAAAUAUUGUUGAUUUUUACGGGGUAACCCAAGAUCCUGCCGAUCCUGACGGAUCUUACAGUAUCGUCUUACAAUUUGCGGAGCAAGGAAAUUUGAGAACGUUUUUAAGCAAAAACUUUUCAACAUUAUCGUGGGCCGAUAAAUUGAGAAUUUCAAGGGAAGUUGCUCGAGGACUGAAAAACUUGCAUGAGCACGAUAUUGUACACAGAGAUCUUAAUACCUACAAUAUUCUUGUUCACGAGGGGUCAAUACUGAUUACAGAUUUUGGUUUGGCCCGUCGAAUAGAUCAACCAUAUCAAAGUAUGGAGGUUCGUGGGCUAAUUGCUUAUAUUGACCCUCAAUGUUUCUCAGAUACUCCAUACAAACUGCCAUUUGAAGAAACAAAACCGAUUGAUAUAAUUUCGCUAGUGUUGAAUGGAGAAAGAGAAAAUCCGGCAAAAAAUGUUCCAGACGAAUACGUUACACUUUAUGAAAAAUGCUGGGAUUCCUUUCCAGAAAUCCGCCCGAAUAUAAAGGACGUUCUGGAGCACCUGAAUCGACCAACUUUUGAGAUGUAUGAGGAAGCACCAUCAAAUAUUAUUGAUCAAGAACACAUCGCAAGAAUAGCUUCUUGGAUUGGCGAAAAUGGUGAUUUUGGUCCGUGCUUUGGGUUCAAUGACCUUACAUUGAAGUCAAGUGCAUUUGUAAAGGACAAAUGGUUUGUCAUGGAAGAUAAUUAUGAAUAUCCUAUAAGACCAUCUGGUGGGAGCUUCGAGGUGAAAGACUAUGAAGUAUUUGAAAUAUUGGAUAGCGAUUCCAACCACUUUUCAAGUGGUGACGAAUCAUAUCACAACAAUGAACAAUCUGCUCAAUUUUCGCAUAAGUUCCCGUCGAUUAACCGAUUAUUUAAAAAACGAUAA